UUUUAUUGUAUUGUGUCCCAAUAUUAUGUAUUUCUUCAAGCUUACAAGCACAUCCUUCCCCACCCCGCGGCCCCCCACACGUCUCGCUCAUUCCUUGCGGCGCGGCGGCGCGGGCAGUGUGCUUUUAUGUGAUCUUUUACACUAAAAUCUAAUUUGUGUUUCGGCUUUAUAGUAAGUAUACAAAAAUAAAUCUUGUAUAAGUACCUAAUGUUACAUUAUUUUUUCUGUUUCAGUGGUUUUUGAAAGCGAUAUAAUUUAUUAUUAAAAAGAUUUUAUUUUUUGCUUAUUUGUGUUAGUAAGAAAAAGACUGUCUCAAUGAAGCAGUUGUGUAGAGCACGCAGGACGACUAUCGCGCUGAGGUGUUCACCUCUGCCUACCUCUGAGAAAAGGUGUUAUGCUAUAUAUUUGUCGUGGAGGAUGCAUAUUGUUGCGACCUGUUGAUGAUUUUAGACUCUUUAUUAGAAUGCACUCGUAAUACUAACUAUUACAAUACGUAACAUGACUUAUAUACUAAUACGACAGCUCCCCUUUGGGAAAAAAAUGUUAACAAAGUCUUUUUUUUCUUAUAUAAAAUUCUUAUAUUAUUUAAUAUAAUAUGUAUGUAUAACAAUAACGCACAAUACAUAAAAAAACAUUUAACUAUUGUUAGAACCACAAUACAUAUUAAAUUCUAAACUUAUAUAAUACCUUCGGAACGCUUCAUUUGAUAUAAGUAGUCUUACUAAAUACUUUUCUUUGUAUUCUUCAUCAACACAAUAAAAUUUAGUAUUUUUUUCACUUUCUAUCAUAAAACUUACUAUAUUUGGAUUAUUAUUAUCAUUGUAAUGCAAAUACUAAUUACUAUAAUUUUGUCUCAAAUAAAUUUCGCCGCUGUCGGUAAUCGGGUUUUUAAAAUAAAGAUUUAUCGCUUAGCAAGCCACUAUUAAAAUCUAUGUUUUUAAUUAAUUCUAUGGUUGUAGUAUCGUCCUUUGUCAUAACCGGUAAAAAUUGUAAAGCAGUUUCGAAAUCAACAUUUUCUGUCAUUUUUACUUAAAUCAUUCAUGUUUUAAAAACAAACAAAAAAAAUAUUAAACUAUUAAAAGAGAAAAAAAAGAAAUCUUGUUUCUCAUGGUCUUUUUAAAGGCAUGCUUUCAAUGUAAAUUAAUAGUAGAGUCUAUGAUAUUAAGUGUAAAAACGAAUCAAAUUUGAAAUAGAAAAAAAAGAUACAACUUGUAUCUUCUUAAAUAAAUUAUCGAUUAUUUCUUAGAUAUACCGUCAUAUAUAACAAAAUACUUCAUUAUUUUUAAAAACGCCUACUUAUACAACGGCUUAUAGUAACAGGAACAUUUGCCGCAACGUGCAGUCAGGCGCUUCCAGAAAUUGAUUGCAACAUCAUAUUAUCUAGGAUCUGUAUAUUAUGUACCAAGUAACAUAAAAUAUUCUAAAAUACUAUGUACGCUUUAUUUUUAGUUGAUAAAAAUAUAUUAGAAUUUUAAAAAAUUUACAUGUAAUUUGAACCUCGUCCAAUUUAUGUUGCGGUGAUAGCCUAGUUGGGUGUGGAAAGGACUGCCGAGGCGAAAGUACGCAGGUUCAAAUCCCAAGGGCACACAACUCUGAUUUUUCAAAAAAAAAUAUGUGUAUAUUAUUUGUGAACUAUCGCUUGCUUUCACGGUGAAGGAAAACAUUGUGAGGAAACCUGCAUACCUAAGAAAUUCUAUAUCGGAAUUUUGUGAGUGUAUAAAGUCUACCAAGCCGCACUAGGCCAGCGUGGUGGACCAAGGCCUAAUCCCUAUCAAUAGUAGAGGAGGCCCGUGCCCCAGCAGUGGGACAGUAUAUAAUACAGGGCUGAUAUUAUUAUUAUACUUUAGGUUAAAUGCCUUAGCCUUCCACACUAAAGGUUUCUGACAAACUAUAAAAUAUUUAGGUAACUAUAUUGUAUAUUCUGUCAGUCGGUUACUAUAAGAAAUGAAAUGAAAAAAAAAAUUUUUUUGAACCUGUAAAAUGUUAUACAUUAUUUAAAUUCCGUCAAUAUUAACUCUACUACCAAUUCGGAAAACUAUAAUCAUCAGAGAAGAACGAUGGUGUUGCUUUUUUCAAAUUCAGUUUAAGGUACAACCUACAUGAUACAGAGAAGAAAAAAAAAAUACAAUUGGGUGUUUUAUUAUUGUUUAGAGCAGGACAUUUAUAAUAUGCUCACAAAAUAGGUAAUAAAUUAAUUUUAAAUUUUCAUUCAAGUGCACAGCCCUCUCAGAAAUCAAGUAUUAUAUUAUGCUUAUAAUUUUUACUUAUAGUACCCCUAGCAAAUAGAAAUAGUAAGCGAAAUAGGCAGAACAGUCCUCACAAGCAGCAACCGUUCACGAGUAUGAGGCAUGUGCCAGCCAUCAGCCUCCUCAACCAUAUUGUAGGGAAGUGGCCGACCCGUCACACGACGCCGCCGCAGGUACAGACAGCUUCGAUUUCGCUAAUUUCGAGAUCUCGCGAGAUCGCCAGUUUUUCUUCUUGCAAAUAAUCACAAUAUUUGCAUAAAUUCGGAAAAAAAUAAUAAGAAUUACAGGUAUUAUGAAACAAACAUUUAUAUUUAUGAUUUUAUUAAUAAACAUUUAUGUAUUUAACAUUGUUUGACGUAUCCAUCUAUCAUGUUUUUUUUUAUAAACUGAUGUAUCUAAUAACAUAAGAAUGUCCAUCUUCUUCGAGCAUGUGGACCCUAAUGCCCGCAUCGUAGGCGGCACCCAUGCCGCUGAAGGCUCUCAUCCCGACAUGGUUUCCAUAACCCACGGCGUUAUUAUCAGGAAAUUACUUUGCGGCGGCUCCAUCAUCUCCCGCAGGACUAUUCUCACCGCUGCCCACUGCAUCGUGUCCAUCCGUAGCGGCAACAAUGUUACCCGGUUUGUACAUAAUGGAAUUGCUGAUCCUGAAAUGCGCUACGCUUACAUGAGCCAUUAUGUAAAACUCAGUGACAAAUUGUGGUGUUACAGUAACGCACACGCGACUGUUGGCACCAACCAGUGGUUCAGUGGUGGUCAGAUAUACUCUUACAAGGGAUACGUCAUCCACCCCGACUACAACGCCAACACCAUUAAGAAUGACAUCGGUAUGCUCUACACCACAACCGACAUCGUCUGGAACAACGUCGUCAGGCCUAUCUUUAUUAACUACGAGUGGAUCGGAAAAGGGAUGAACUGCAGGGUUGCUGGAUGGGGCAGAAUCAGGAACGGCGGUAUUAUCUCUCGCAACUUGCGCGAACUGAACGUGCAAACCGUCGACGGCAACCAUUGCGUGCGUGAAGUCGCCCGUAUCGCCGCCAGCCUCAACAGGAGCGUACCUUCUGUCGACCCCAACAUUGAACUCUGCACCUUCCACUCUCGCAACCACGGCACUUGCAAUGGUGACUCCGGCAGCGCUCUGGUCCGCGUGGACCGCGGCCAGCAGAUUGGUAUCGAGUCUUGGGGUCUCCCGUGCGCCCUGGGCGCUCCCGACAUGUACGUAAGGCUCAGCGCCUUCAGGAGCUGGGUACAGACCAACACCAUCAACUAAUCAACUCUCUUUUUUCAACCUUAAUUCUACGAGUUCUUCAAUAAAUGAUUUCUAUUUUA